AGGGAAUUCCCAUGAAUUGCCCUGUCAGUGUUAUCAAAGUCAUACUGAAAGUUUAUCAAAGAGUUAGUGAUAGCAUUGCUCCAUGUUUAGUUCCUUGUUUAGUGGAGUGGCUAGCGUAAUACAACAGGCCAUGGGCAACCAUUACAGCGUGUUUGUACGGGCCCUCAAGAGAGGAGACGCGGCCGCAGCAGUGGAUAUGUACAACCGUAAGAAAAGUGUACGUGAGUCUAUUAAACCCAACGAGUUAAGUGGGGACACUCAAGCCAACACUAUACUCCAUCAUCUGGCUAAACUUAAUAUGAUCUCUGUCUACAAUGAGUUACUGUUAACUGGAAAUGCUAUACCGGACAUGAAGAAUAAUCAGAGAGAGAAUUGUCUCCACCUCAUCUGUCAGGGGCCUGGGAAACAAGCAGUGAAGGCGAACAUGCUCGGGGCUACUAUAGACGUGUUUGGGUUGCAUGGAAUGGACCUACACCAUGUACUCAGUGAGAAAGAUCAGGAUGGCAAUGCAGUGCUCCACCUAGCAGCACAGGCUGGACUGGAUGAUUGUGUUGAGCUGCUCAUUAUUAGAGGGGCUGACUUAUCAGCCACUAAUGAAGCCAAGGAGACUCCAGCUGACCUGGCUACCAAGGCUGGACACACUCAACUAGCUACCACCAUGGAGACAAAGAUGGUGUUUGAGGGAGAUGAUUUAACUGUCCCUGAGCCAGAGCUACCCUCAGAGCUAUCUGCUAACACUAAGGGGCUUAAGGACAAUGAAUUGCGGUCUAUGAAAGAUGCUCUCCUCAUAGAGACAGCUAACAUGCUUGGAGUGAGUCUGCUCACGGCACAAGUCCUCCUCAGAGAUCACGAUUGGUCCAAGGAGGGUUUGCUGGAAGCAUGGUUUGCUGAUGCAGCCGGUGUGUGUGAGCGCUCAGGUGUGGACCUGCCGCAAGUGUUGGGAGCACACCAACUAGAUGUGGAGUGUGUGGGCGGUGCUAGCAGUGAGGGUGUGCUCGAGUGUGAGGUGUGCUGCUUGGCCACGCCCCCUGAUGUAACCACCCCCUGUCAACAUCACUUCUGCAAGGACUGUUGGAAACAGUAUCUGGAGGAUAAGAUAGCGUCAGGUGAAAGUCACAGUAUCUCAUGCCCACAGUAUGCCUGCUACCAACCCGUCCCCCUGGGUGUUAUUGAACUCGUGGUGAGUCCGGAAAUGGCUAGAAAGUUUCUCUCAUUUGACAUCAAAGCUUUUGUGGACUCUAACCCCAACAUUCACUGGUGUCCACGUGCUGGGUGUGGUCAAGCUGUCUCUUUGACAACGGACCCUACAAUUCCUUCAUCACCAGACACAGAGGUCACUGUGCAGUGCGGCAAUAAUCACUACUUCUGCUGGGCUUGUAUGCGUGAUCCCCACGCCCCCGUGUCAUGUGAUAUAUGGAGCCAAUGGUUGCGUCAUGUUGAGGACAUGAGACCUCGUGUAGGAGAUACUACAGCAGCGGAAGCAGAUGAGGCAGCUUCCAGCAGGUGGUUGGCAGAUAGGAGCAAGCCUUGCCCCAAGUGCAGAUCUCCUAUAGAGAAGACUGAGGGAUGCAAUCACAUGUGCUGUAAGAAUUGUAAGCACGACUUUUGUUGGGUCUGUUUGGAUAAUUGGAAGUGCCAUAACUCCUCCACUGGCGGAUACUUUGAGUGUAACCGCUAUGAUGCUCAGAAGAAAGCCUCAUCACUGUUGGGCCAGAGACGAGAUAGUUACUAUGGCGACGCUAAAGAACUGGAAGCAGUCUCCAGAUUCCUGCAUUACUAUGAGCGCUACAAGGAGCACCUCAACAGCCUGGCACUUGAGGAGCCAUUUCUAGACAAGGCUAGGGAUAAGAUGGAGUUACUGGCUGCCUCCGUGCGAGGUCUUGAGGUGUCUGAUGACAUGACCUUUAUAGAGGAAGCUGUUAGAGAGCUACUCCACUGUCGACGUGUCCUCCAAGCUUCCUAUCCGUACUCUUAUUAUCUCAAGACACCAUAUCAGAGAAGAAGCUUUGAAGGUCUGCAAGGAUCGUUAGAGGCAGUCACAGAGAUGCUAGCUGAAGUAGUGGCUCGUCCUCACCUCAGGAAGCCACGCUCUGAGAUCAUCCGCCUCACACAUGAAGCACGCACGAAGAGAGGAUUUAUAUUAGACCACAAGCCCCACAAGCCAGCAAGAGUCCGACCAUUGGUAACCAUGGAUACCUCUGAUAGUGAUGAUGCAGCAGAGGAUACUGAUAUCACAACAUUCCUACGAAUGUUAGAGAGACAACCUAACACUACCAUUAAUAGUAACAAGGGGCGUGACAGGUCACAUGACACAUCACAUGCCGGGCAGAAGGAGGAGAAUGAACUGUUGCAAGCGUUGGAACUAUCAAGACAAGAGUUUGAGGCAGACAAGCAGUUACAAGAAGAUAUUGAGAAGGCAAAGGCUGAGAGUGUCGUUGUGGAGCCUCUGACCCCGGCACCUUUGACCCUUGAACCCUGUACUACUGACUGGCCUAUAACCCUUGAACCCUACACCCCACCCACUACUGACUGGCUCAGACUAGAUAAUGAUGAUUAUGAAACUCUCAGCUGGCCAGUACUGAGACUACAUACGCCCCCACACUCACCCCCUCACACUUCACACACCGCCCACGCAGAGUGGGGACCUGUGGUCAGUGAGGAAGGUGACCUGGACAUUGCCAUGGCGAUGUCUCUACAGCAACAGGAGGAGGGAGGUGAUGGAAUGAUGGAUAUCUCAGGACCUCAGUUAGUGGACUCUAAUAAACUAUCAGAUGGUGAAUGGUAUGGAGGGCUGCCCUCCGAGCUACAGCAUCUCAUGGACACACAUAGACCCGGGGAACAUGUCUAGGGAACUAUAUACAUAAUUGUGUGUGUGUGUUUGAAUCAUGCUUUCAAUGAGAGAAUACAUUGUUGACCAAAUGAUAA